CCAGGCAAUGUGUUUAAUUGGUUUGCUUUCUACGAAUAACAAUGGAUAUUAUCACAGUCUCUGAGCCUCAAGUAACAGUUGCUGUGUCUUCGGCAGAACCUUUCGCUAUGGAAGUUCCUUUCAGCGACCGCCCCGUUGAACCGCUCAAUCUUAUAGACCGCCCAAAGGUUCGCACAACAUUGCGGUUAUACGCCAUCUUAUCAGCGCUAUAUCUCAGCCUCUUCAUCGCUGCCCUCGAUCAAACAAUUAUCGCCAUAUCUAUUCCCACGAUAUGCGCCGAUCUGCGCUCCGCGUCGGGCUACGUAUGGGUUGGUGGCGCUUAUCUUGUAGCGAAUGCAGCUGCAGGCCCAAUCUGGGCAAAAUGUAGCGAUAUCUGGGGUCGCAAGCCCAUGCUCCUUAUAGCUGUCGGUAUUUUUGCUGCUGCCAGCAUAGUAGCAGCGUUAAGCGUCAACAUGCCAAUGCUGAUUGCUGCAAGAGCACUGCAGGGCACAGCUGGCGGUGGCCUAAUGCAACUGGUGACCAUCACAAUCUCAGAUCUCUUCAGUGUGCGAAAGCGAUCACUAUAUUUGGGAUAUGCGGGGUUCGUGUGGGCUCUGGCUGGAUCCGCUGGGCCGCUAAUUGGAGGGGCUUUUACGCAGUUCAAGACCUGGCGGUGGUGUUUCUGGAUAAACCUUCCGAUCUCUGCGAUUGCAUUCGUGCUGUUGCUUCUGUUGGAUGUCCACAACCCGCGCACAAAACUGGGCGAAGGCAUGAGAGUCAUUGACUGGUUAGGGACAUUCUCCAUCCUGGCAAUAACUCUUUUACUUCUUAUUGGGCUGGAUUUCGGCGGCGCUAUAUUCCCCUGGAGCAGCCCAAAAGUUAUUUGUUUGGUUGUAUUCGGAAUCCUGAUGAUCGGUUUCUUCGUGUUUAGCGAACAACGUUUGGCUAAAUAUCCCCUAAUGCCUCUGGCCAUGUUUAGAAACUGGUCAAAUAAUGCUAUUUUCCUUGUUGUGUUUUCACAUGGCAUGGUACUCGUUGGCAUCGAAUAUUACAUGCCACUAUACUUCCAAGGAGUGCGGCAAACCUCGCCUUUCGGGGCUGGUGUUUUACUAUUACCGCUGAUAGUAACACAAGCUGUCAUAGAAACAAUCUCUGGCGUUUUGAUCGAUCGCACAGGACGCUACAGGGAGAUCACAUGGGCCGGUAUGACACUUAUGACGAUAGGGACAGGGCUGUACAUUACUCUUGGGUCCGGCACACCGGUAGCCAAAGUGGUCGGGUUGCAAAUCUUUGGCGGUCUGGGACCUGCCCUUCUCUUCCAAGGGCCCAUAAUUGCGAUUCAGAGCACUGUUAGCCAGGCCGAUACUGCGGCAGCCACAGCGUCCCUGGGCUUCAUCCGCAAUCUUGCCAUGGCACUAUCCAUUGUGGUGGGUGGUGUGGUAUUCCAAAACAGUAUGGAUAGCCGCCAAUCAUCCCUUGCUGCUGCUGGCCUCAGCCAAUCUCUUAUGGAAGCUCUAUCUGGUAGUAUGGCAGCCGCAAAUGUGGGCAUUACGCGCACAAUUCAGGACCCUUCGCAGCGUCAGGUUGUCCUCGAAGCUUUCGCUUUCAGUGUGAGGAAUUUAUUUAUAUUGUAUGCAUGCGUAGCAGCCAUUGGGUUGAUGUCUAGCGUAUUCAUAAAGCACCGAGUUCUUAAGACUGAACAUACGGAGACAAAGACAGGUAUAAAUUAAUGGUUAAAAUAUGAGCGCGGGAACGUUUCUAAGUUCUAUUGAAAAUAUACUAUAAUAUUUCAAUACAAGCUAUUUUUGGAUAGCAUUACCAAGCGAGUGCUCAAUUGACAAGCUGGUAAUCUUGAC